AACAAGUGCCCAGAUUUGAUGUGCAGCUGAAAGACCUGGAAAAACGGCAAAAUCUGCUCCCAUCCUGUCAGUUUGAUUUCAUUGUUGACAACUUCAGCUGGCAUCGUGGACCACAAAGAAUCAAGAAGAAAUACACAGGAGGAAAAAUCAUAUGAUUCUUUGUCUAUGGAUGUGAAGUAUGUAUACAAAUAAAAUGCCUCAAUGGAUUAAAAAAUGGAAUUCAGAGGCAGAGUAUGGCAUACCUGUAAUCCCAGCAUGUGAGAGACUGAGGCAUGAGAAUCUCAAAUUGUGUGCCAGCCAGUAUUAGAUGUGUGAGAUACAGAAGCCAGAAAAAGAGGAAAAUGAAGAACCAAACCACGAUGAUCCAGGGAUUUCCCUUUUCCCCUCCUUCUCUUCCCUCUCUUUCUCUCUCCUCCCUCCCUCUCUCCUCACUCUUCUCUGCCCUCUCCCCUUUCUCCUUUACUACUCCAUGUACGUCUCUCCCAAGGCUGCAUGCUUCAAGAGGACGACCACCCCCAAAAGAGGACAGUCUCCUCGGUCAAGCGUAUGAGUAGCUGCGCUCCCUUGCUAGCACCUACAAGCUCUCAAGAAUACUAAGUUUGUGGUCGGAGAGCUCAAGGCGAAGAAAAAUCUUAUGUCCAAGAGAUUUAUUAGAGAAUAACUUUUGCCUAAUGGUGAAGGUUGUACAUGAAUAAAAAUCUGAGCUAGUCCAGCAGUUGGGAGGCAGAGGCAGGAGGAUCACCUUGAGUUCAGGGCCAACCUGGGAUACAUAGUGAGUUCAAAGCGAGCUUGGUCUUAAAAAAUAAAAAAAGCCCUUUUCUCCCCCGGUACUGGGAUGGAGAUCUGGGAAGCUCUAUCGCUGUGCUAUACGCUCUGGACACCUCCCCCCUCCCCAUUUUGUAAUUUUGAGACAGGUUUUUCUAAAUUGCCCAGGAUGGCCUCGAACUUGCCUCAGCCUCCCAGAGCGCUGAGAUUACAAGAGUGUGCCCACAGUGCCCAGGAGCCAGUUUAAAAAAAUAGUUAUACAAUUUGCACGAAAGAGGGCAAACACUACAAAAUAAAAUAUCAAUGGAUUUUCCUUCAAUUUCCUAUGUCUGUGGCCCAUCUCCCUCUCCUCUUUCAUAGGGGUGGUUACUUAGCUAUAAAUUUCCCCCACAGCAGUUGAGUUUUAUAUCCGUUUUGCUUUUUCCUGCUUAUAAGCCGAUCACUGCUGUGCACAAAAGCCUUAGCCUUAAGCCGUCCUCGGCGGAUUUAUACCCAGCGGGACUGCGUCGGCUGCCGCCCCCCCACCCCACGCACCGGCUCGGGACGUCAGCGUGUGGCGUCAUCGGGAUGCGAGGCCUCUGAGAAAGCCGGGAGUGGUAGUUCCUCGGCACCUCCCUCCCUUUGCUCGGGCGCUGGCGCUGGCGCUCGCGCACGCGGCAUCUCGCUCUUUGUCUUCCACCGGACGGGACCUAAAGAUGAGUUGAACUUUGGGAUGAUAGUGGAAGUUGUCCCUUCUGCUGAAGCUAAGUUGGAGAACUACUGAGAGAGCUGCAGUGUUGUACAGAAAACUGCCAAGAUCUGGGUUCUGUCAUUUAAGCCUGCUUAGAUGAGAACAGUGUUCCUGGGACCAAAAAUUCAUCCACAUUAGAGAAGACCUACCAGACAUAGAAUACAACACGUCUCACACUUGCUAAUCAUCGUGUGCAGGGAACAGAGAAUGACCAUGUUACAGAUUUUCACUCAAGGAACCAGUAUUUUCCAGGAGUUGUUCUCAUUUGAAGAUUUAUCUGUGGACUUCACCCAGAAGGAAUGGCAACUCCUGGGGCCACACCAGAAGAACUUGUACAGGGAUGUCAUGUUGGAAAACUACAGCAGCCUUGUGUCGCUGGGUAAGAAAGGGUACACAGUUAUGAAACCUGAUGUCAUUUUCAAGUUGGAACAAGGUGAAGAACCGUGGGUAGGAGAUGGAAAAGUGCAGCAUUCAGACUGUCCAGAAGUCUGGCAAGUAGAUGAUCACAUGACAUGGCGACAGGAGAAUCAAGACCAGCCUAGAAGUUUGAAAAGAGGUCAUGAGUGGGAUGUGUUUGGAAAAAACUUCACUCUCAGCAUGGAUUUUGUUCCAUUAAGUAAAUCAAAUAGUGAAGGUGAUUUAGAUGGAUUGAUUUUAGAACAUCAUUUAGAUUUACUUAUCCCAGAAGCAGACUGUGGAAGAAGAGAAUCAGAUGACUUUAAUGUAUUUGAUAAAUUGUUUCUCAAUACCAAGCCUCAGGAAGCUGAUACUUGGUUAAAAUACUAUGAAUGUGAUAAAUGUAAUAAUAUUAACUAUAAAAAGUCCCAGAUUGUCAUUUAUCACAGAACUCGUCUAGGGGAAAAACUUUAUGAAUGCAGUGAAUGUAGGAAGCGCUUCAGCAAGAAGUCAAGCCUCAUUAAACAUCAGAGCAGACACAUAAGAGAGAUAGCUUAUGGCUGUUGUAAAUGUGAGAAAACCUUUCCCCAGAAGUCACAGUUCAUCACGCACCACAGAACUCAUACUGGAGAGAAACCUUACGACUGUGGCCAGUGUGGGAAAGCUUUCUCACAAAAGUCACAGCUCACAUCCCAUCAGAGGACACACACGGGAGAGAAGCCUUAUGAGUGUGGUAAGUGUGGCAAAGCCUUUUCCCGGAAGUCUCAUCUCAUAUCACAUUGGAGGACACACACUGGAGAGAAGCCUUAUGGAUGCAGUGAGUGUGGGAGGGCCUUCAGUGAAAAGUCAAAUCUCAUUAAUCAUCAGAGAAUUCAUACAGGAGAGAAACCGUUUGGAUGCAGGGAAUGUGGGAGAGCCUUUAGCAGAAAGUCACAACUUGUGACACAUCACAGGACUCACACAGGAACAAAACCCUAUGGAUGUAGUGAUUGCAGAAAAGCCUUCUUUGAGAAGUCAGAACUCAUUAGACACCAGACAGUUCACACUGGAGAGAAACCAUAUGAAUGCAGGGAAUGUAGGAAAGCUUUCAGAGAGAGGUCAAGCCUCAUCAAUCAUCAGAGAACCCAUACGGGAGAGAAGCCCCAUGGAUGCCUGCAGUGUGGGAAGGCCUUCUCCCAGAAGUCACACCUUAUAUCCCAUCAGAUGACACACACAGGAGAGAAGCCCUUCGUGUGCAGUAGAUGUGGAAAGGCCUUCAGCAGAAAAUCCCAGCUUGUUAGACAUCAGAGAACUCACACAGGAGAAAAACCGUAUGAAUGUAGUGAAUGCGGGAAAGCAUUCAGUGAAAAGUUAAGUCUCACUAAUCAUCAGAGAAUUCAUACAGGAGAAAAACCCUAUGUGUGCAGUGAAUGUGGGAAAGCCUUUUGCCAGAAGUCACAUCUCAUAUCACAUCAGAGGACACACACAGGAGAGAAACCCUAUGAAUGCACUGAAUGUGGGAAAGCCUUUGGUGAGAAAUCAAGUCUUGCAACUCAUCAGAGGACUCAUACAGGAGAAAAACCCUAUGAAUGCAGAGACUGUGACAAAGCUUUCUCCCAGAAGUCACAGCUAAACACUCACCAGAGAAUUCACACAGGAGAGAAACCUUAUGAGUGCAGUCUUUGUAGGAAAGCCUUCUUUGAGAAGUCAGAGCUAAUUAGACAUCAGAGAACUCAUACAGGAGAAAAACCUUAUGAAUGCAGUGAGUGCAGAAAAGCCUUCAGGGAGAAGUCAAGUCUCAUUAAUCAUCGGAGAAUACACACAGGAGAGAAACCUUUCAUAUGCAGGGAGUGUGGCAAAGCCUUCUCUCGGAAGUCACACCUCAUUCCCCAUCAGAGGACACACACAGGUGAGAGGCCUUAUGGCUGCAGCGAGUGUAGGAAAGCCUUCUCUCAGAAGUCACAGCUUGUGAACCAUCAGAGGAUUCACACAGGAGAGAAGCCUUAUCAGUGCAGUGAGUGUGAGAGAGCCUUCUCCCAGAAGUCUCAGCUUAUUAACCACCAGAGAACUCACACAGGACCAAAGUCCUAGGAGUACAUAAGUGAGCCUAAUAGAUGUACACCUCAUUUGCACAGAAAAUGCAGUUAUGGUGAAUCUUGUGUCAACAGUUGCAUUCCAUUGUGUGUCAGACUGUCCUGUAAGACUGUGUAAAUGAGUUUAUGGCAGGAACAUUUCAGCAGGCAAGCAUACUCAUAUAUCAGCACUCAUGGAGGGCAGCGAACCUGUGAGUGCAGUGAGUCUCUGGAAUCUUCCUAAGCACUUGAGUCUUGUUCCCUGGGCAGACCAAGGAGGGAUCCUGUGAAUGCCAGAAGGCCUUCUGGAGAAGGCGUCUAUGGCAGCUGGAACUCUAUAUAAUUUUAGAAGCUGGAGCUACAUUUAAAUGUGGAUGCUGCCAAUGGCUUUAUUUCCAGCUCAAUGGAGAGAAACAUGAUCUGCAGUGAUAAGAGUGAGUCAUGGAAGCAUGAUCUAGAGAGGGCUAAUUCUGUGCUGGUGACUGGUUCUUGUCUUCCUAUCCAAAUCUCUGCCCUUUCCAUUCCUUUACUAUUGAGUUCUUCUGUGAGAUAUUCCAAGUAUCUGGUAAUAAAUUCUCAUGUUUGUUUCAGCUCUCUUAAGUUGUAUUUGUUGCUUACAAUCAGAGUAUUCCUACUAACAAGAAUCAAGCUGUGAAGUUGGGUUUCUGGAUUCAUUGGGUGCAAGGUAUGUACUGAAACCAGUAGCUACAAAUGAAUAGGGAAGAGCAGAGAAAAUGAGACUGCACUCUGGGUUGUCCCAAGCCAGAGGGAUUUGUGGAGCAAAUUGCUCAUCAGAAUAUCUCUUGUCAGACAAGACACAGGCUGCCUUGGAGGCAGCAUCCUUGGUAAAAUGGAAGAGGCAGCUGUUGAGACUGCUGAUAGCUCUCUCUGCUACUGGACAGCAAGGGGAUCCCUGAAGAGGAAUCUGGUUGCUGCAUCCUUGGGAUUACACAUUCUGUCUUUUCCUCCAUUUAGACUCUUCUUUUGUCAUUGAGGAAGCUGCUGCUGUGGGAUUCUGGUGGGCCUUCUGAGGAGAGACUAAAGGCACACGGUGAGCUGUACGUAGUAGGGCCGAAACGGUCGACCCUCGACACCGUGGCCUGUGGGAAAUGUAGCUGACCUGGCAGCGGUAGCAUCGCUGAAGCUUGGAAAGGAGAAAGUACGCGACGCCUGGCUGAGUUUUUGGGUCGGAGUCGAGUGUGCAGGCUGCUACAGGGCCGUCCUUCCCGCGUCAGGAACUCGUGAGUGGCCGGGGUGCGCCUCCCUCCGAGAUCGCCACUUCUGUGCCAGCCGACAGAGCACGGGUAGAACGCGCCUCCCAGCGGGCGCCAGAGGUCGGGCAGGACCAGAACCGGCCGCGCCAGGUUGGACGGGACUGCGUCCAGGUGCAGGCAUUUGGCUCCAGCUCCCCUUUUCUGCUAUGCCUCAGGGAUCAGUGACAUUCAGAGAUGUGGCCAUAGACUUCUCCCAGGAGGAGUGGAAAUGGCUCCAGCCUGCUCAGAGAGAUUUGUAUAGAUGUGUUAUGUUGGAGAACUAUGGCCAUCUGUUCUCACUGGGUCUUUCCAUUUUUAAGCCAGAUGUGGUUUCCUUAUUGGAACAAGGGAAAGAGCCCUGGCUGGGGGAAGGAGACAUGAGCAGAGAUCUCUUUUCAGUGUCACAGUCAAAUGGUGAGAUCAAAGACUUUUCUCCAAAAAAUAUCACUUACGAAGAUGAUUCAUCCCAGUAUUUAAUAAUGAAAAGAAUUGUAAGCCAACAUCCCACAUGUUCCACUUUGAAAAGAAACUGGCAAUUUGAGGGUGGCAAUGAGGUGCUGCAAAGGAAUCAAGGUCAUAUCAGGCAAGUGGUAUCAGGCAAGUCUCACCAAGAAGCUCUGACGCAGCACAUGCGCAUAACUGUGGUAGAGAGGCCCUACAGAUGCCAAGAAUGUGGAAAAACAUUCAAUCGGCGCUUUUCUCUUGUAUUACACCAGAGAACUCAUACUGGAGAGAAGCCCUAUGUUUGUAAGGAAUGCGGUAAAACUUUUAGCCAGAUCUCAAAUCUUGUGAAACAUCAGAUGAUACAUACUGGAAA